GCCCCGUGCUGCGCUGCGCUGCGCUGCGCGGGGGUUGCGCGGGGCUGUGCGCUCCGCUCCCUGCGCCGCUCCGCUCUCUGCGUGCGGCCGCUGCGCGGAAAGUGCGCGGAGCAGCGCGGAGCAGGGCCGCCAUGGCGUGGCCCUGCAUCACCCGCGCCUGCUGCAUCGCCCGCUUUUGGAACCAGCUGGAUAAAGCCGACAUCGCCGUCCCUUUGGUUUUCACCAAAUAUUCCGAAGCCACCGAGCAGCCCCUCCCCGCGCAAAUCCCGCGCAGCGCGGCGGCGCCCAUCGAUACCCAACCCGGCGGCGAUGCCGCGGCUGCGGGCGGGGGGGACGCGGCUCCCGGCCCCGCACGGCCCGGAACGGCCCCGCACGGCUCUCCGCCCGCGGACUCGGUGAUGCGGCACGACUACAAACCCUGGAAGGUGCAGCGCCCCGAGCCCAGCUGCAAACCCAAAAGCGAGUACCAGCCGUCCGAUACGCCCUUCGAGAAGGAGACGCAGUACCAAAAGGAUUUCCGCGCUUGGCCCAUCCCUAAAAGAGGGGACCACCCGUGGAUCCCCAAAGCGGGUCCUUCCCCCGUGCUCGGCCCUGAGCGCGGAUCUCCCGAGAAAGCGGCUCAGGAGAAGAGGAGGAAGAAGGAGGAGGAGGCGGAGGCGGACGAGGAGCAUCCCAAGGCGGCCCGGCCCGGGGACGGCCGAGAGAAGGGGCGGCAGAGGGGCGAUGAGGCGGGCGGGCAGGAGGGCCGGGGCCGGGCGGCCGCCGAUGCUCUCAACCGGCAGAUCAAGGAGGAGGUGGUGGCGGCGGGGGUCAGCUCGUCCUACAGAAAUGAGUUCAGACCUUGGAUAGACGUCAAGCCCGUGAAGGCUAUAAAAGCGAAGGCCCAAUACAAGCCUCCAGAGGAGAAAAUGACCCAUGAAACCAGUUACAGCGCUCAGUUCAAGGGGGAAACCAGUAAGCCUGCUCCAGCUGAUAACAAAUUCCUGGAGCGCAGAAGGAUACGCACUCUCUACAGUGAACCUUACAAAGAACCUCCAAAGGUGGAAAAGCCUAGCGUAAAGCCUUCCAAACCAAAAAAGACCACAACAAGCCAUAAACCCCUGAAAAAGGCCAAAGACAAGCAGAUUGCAUCUGGACGGGCUGCCAAGAAAAAGAGCGCCGAGACCUCCAACACAGCAAAGCCAGAGGACAAGGAGAAAAGUAAAGAGAUGAACAAUAAACUGGCUGAGGCAAAAGAGUAAAUGUCACUGCACUUUUCUUUCUUUCUCUUUUUUCUUUUCCUUCUUCCUUUCCUUUUCUUUUUUUUUCUUUUUCCUUUGAUUAAAUAAAGGCCACAAAAUUAAUUAGAGGCUUCUAAUCUGCUUUUUGUUCUGAUUGUAUUAGAAGCUUUUCUGUUUUAUUUCCAAGGAGGAUUAGCGAAUCCUUGUUUCUGAGGUCAGGUUGUUCUGCUUUGCCUGCACAACACGGCUCUGCACAGAGUGAGGAUGAGCGCAGGAGGGAUGUGGGAAUGCAUGAGGUUUGUAGGAGAUGGAGGUUAUGGGUCAGCCGCCAUUGUGUCCAACAGCCUGUCCCUGUCCUUGGUCCUUAAGUGCCCAUGUGCUGCCAAGGGGCUGUGCUCUCAUCCCACAAGGCCCUUUUUGGGGUUAGGCUUGGUCAUCUCCCACCGGUGUCAGCAGGUCUUUGAACAUGGAGAGGACCAGAGUUCAUAUGCAGUGCUGUGGAUUUGCCGUCAGUCCAUUAGAAUUGGUGGUGCGGCCAAGAGCCAUUUCUCCUGGUGACACCAGUUGGAGUUUUGCUCCAGCAACGGGAAAGAAGAUCCCAUUGCAAAUAAAGAGCCAAAUCAUCCCCUGCCGUAGCUGUGAUAGAUGUUGUUGCAUCAGGGCAGCUUCGCUCAUCAGAACCACUUGAAGGCCUUGAUACAAGAUAGGAGUGAGGGAAGGUGUGGAGGUCAGUUGGAGACUUCCCAAGUGUGUGCUUGGUCAGACCAGGUUAUCUGCAGGCAGUUCUUCCCAAUUGUUUCCCUUGGGAUGUGCAUCUUUUUGAUCGUCUCUGGUUUGUUUUGAAUCUUGGUCUGUUUUCUUUACUUCUGGAGUGCCAGUAGACAGAGCUAGAUUCCAGAACAAGGUUUCGUUUGCAGAUGUGGCUUUCCAAGGGGUAGAAAGGAAUGACUCUCCGAAGUUGGGUGGAGCCAACAGACUCUGUUAUUUUGACUCUGGCUGUUGGAGCUCGUGUUGGCUUGUAAGCAACCUACCAGGACCAUAAACCAGUUGCUGGGAUCCUACCAGGACCAUAAACCAGUUGCUGGGAUCCUCUGAGUCCCUUCAAGCAGGAUCUCAGGUUUUCAGUGCUAUUUACUGUUCCCAGCAAGACUAGUCUGGAAGCUGCAAGCAGAGUGGGACCAUUAGUGAGUAUGAAGUAGGCCAGCACUCACAUGUUGAGGAGAUCGAGCAGAUUUCCACAUACUGGUGGGCCAGAUUGGCAUAGCACAGUCCAGAAUUUGGGUCAUAGAGCCAGUGGGAGCUGGAUGAGGCGUGGUCCCAAUCCAAAUUUGCAUGUGUAACUCUCGGAUUUGGUCCUAAAUAUAUCGAGAUUAACUCUGAUCUGAUCAAACUGAGCUGUGAAACUCUCCCGUGGCAACUGCACAGGGAGGGUGUGAAUCAAGAUGCACGGUCAUUCUUUGUUUUUGCAGUUCUACGUUUCCACCCUAACACGCAGAAACUUUCAGAGAACAGGCAAUUGGGAAGAACAAAUAGAGAGAGAUGGGAAGUGGGGCAGGGCGGCGAUAGGAGUUUCAGUAUUGUGUUGCUGUAGAGAUGUUGGAGUGAGGGAAGUCUUGCUGCUAGGAUGUUUUAGAGAUGUGAAACUAUCUAAUAGGAAAAGAAGUGGGCUGAGGGGGUGAAGAGUCUCAGUUUUGGAAUCUCACCCCAUUAGAAUUGGAUCUUUUGGAAACACAUAUGAGUGGUGGGCUACGAGGCUGAGAGAAAGUUUCCAAAGAGGAGGUAAGCUCUGUGGUAUACAGAUAGUGACAUUUGCUGGCCUUAGUAAUGAAUAAAUGCCAAGUUCAGUGUAUUGUGUGAUGUGUCCUGUUUGCCUUGCGCUCAACGCCUGAAGCUUUGAGUAUAAGUAAGUGUAGUGUUCUGAAUUCAGUGGUGUAUUUCCAAGCUUAGCUGUGUUAGAACUGUGUGCUAUGAGCUAGUCAGGUUGUGUAUGUGGAAAAUAUAUAUUCAUAUAUAGAAAUAUAUAUAUUUAAGCCUCCGAUAUUUAGGAGGAAACCAGGGAAAUCCUCCAGGAAGUAAAACUGUGGAAAUCUUUGCGAAUGUAAUGCAUUUUUGAUGUGCAUGCUCCAUGGAGACGCUGACCUGUCCGUAGUGGCCAUUGCUUUUCUGAGUGCUCAGAAUCCCCCACAGCACUGCUGGAGUGCAAAGCUCAGCUCUGCCUGCAGAGCAGCUCAGCAAAAGGCUUGCAUUGAGCUUGCAAAGCGGAGUGCUGUCCCCAGCUCUUCCCACUCCGACACAUGAGGGACAGCUGGCCAGAGGAGCCUGAGCUUCCAGGACUCUGUGUGAUUUCCUGGCAUUUAGAUGCUCCAGCUAUCUUCACACUCUACAAUAAAGUCCAUUCUUGUCUCAGGAUAUAACAACAGCUAUGAAGAUGACGUGUCACAGCAGGCAGAAAAUGUCAGGAAGGCAUGUAGACAGUUAUCAACAGCCCACCAUGUCAUAAGAAAAGACCAUGCAAAACCAUUCUUAGAAUUAUUUUUUUGGCCCUAAGUGUCAAAUUUGAAGAGAUAGUGCAGUUACCACCACUUCUAUUUUGAAUUCAGUGGUAAUUUAUCCCUUGAUUCAACGGGAGCUAAAUUUUGCCCAGAGGGCUGUCAGUAAGAGCCAUGCUCAGACCACCUACUCCAAACAUAUCCACAGUCUGGAUCAACUACUUGAUAUCCAGGUCUUCAGGAUUGCUUCUUCACAAUGAACAGCAUCCAUCGUGGUGUUUGCAUUAAAUAUGCACAGUGAGUGGUCAGAAUAUGGCCUCCCAUUUCCUUAAUACAUGAUGGUUUGGGUGGCAUCCAACUACAAAGCUAGAUGUGAAGCCAGCCAAAGCUCCUUCAGUGGAGACACCUUCCAAGAGCCAUUGAUCUGCGUGCUUUGGACACCUCUUUGGGUGGGAUGAACGACCCUUGGAAGGUUUCCAUUUUUGCAGAAUUAAACUGAGAAACUCUCAGGGCCUCCAUCUCCGAUAGCCACAAAGUAGAGCUCUAAAUUCUGGCCAUUGCUCCAUCUGCAUCAGGUCUUCAGCAUACACCUGAGCACACAGUUUAGCUGUACGUUUGAUGCCAGGAACGGCAGCAGUCAGGCCUCAGGCUGAAAUCCCACAUUGCUCAACCUUCCACUGCCUUUACACCCAUCCGACCCACUCAGGUUUAUCAGAAGAGAGACCAAAUCUCUGCCGUUUCAAGUUCACUUUGGGCUCUGAGCUUGUCAAUCCCACUGGGAAGGAGUUCUCUGCUGUUCUGUGUUUCCAGCUACCACGAUGCUGAUUCUGUUUCACCGCUGACUUGUAAUAUGUUUUGCUUUCCUUGUAAAAAGAAAAAAAAAACAACAAUGUCGUGCUUUCUACCCUGUGAAAGUUCCUACGCUGUCGGUUGCUUGCUUGCUCAUUUUCACUGUAUUGUACUGUUACUCCUUUCUGCAAAAUGGUGCUAAUUGCUUACUGAGCUCCUGUUUUCUGACUGCUUUGCACACCGAUCACCUGCUUCUUCAUUUGCAACGCGUCUGCUGUGAAAACAUGGCUCCCAUGAAUUCCACAAACUCUUGCCUCUUGGAGGCAGAUAGGAAGUGUCUAAUUAAUAUUUUGUGGCCUGGGUUUGGUUGCAUAUCACAGAUUGUCUCUUGUAACGUGUGAAGCACACCUCCUCGUGGUGCUUUUUCAUUCUUGCUGUUCGUAUGAGAAUGACACACACACACACACACACACACACACACACACAAAUUAAUGUAUAGCCAAUUGAUUGUGACGUGCUUGUGAUCUUUGCUUGCUCAAAGGGUUUUUUUUCCAAUGAUAAAUAAAUGCUAAAGACGAAUACCA